GGGCGAUUUUAGGCCAUGACUGGAGGAAAGAGUAGCCGCGCCCAGAAAUCAAGUCUCUCUAUCUCUCUCUCUCGUUGUUUUCAUAAUCUUUAUCUUGCAUCUAAUUUCGUUUUUUUUUUCCGUUAUUUUGCAGACAAGAGGUUUCAGGUUCGUAUUAAGAAACGAUUAGCAAGAAAAGCUCGUCAAAAGGCAGAAGAGGAGGCUCGUCAAAAGGCAGAAGAGGAGGCUUGUCAAAAGAAGCACGUCAUAGAAUAUUUGAAAUGGUUAAUUCCGUUUGCUGCCCAUCAACAUUGGCUAUCUCUGGAAGUCAUUGCUAAUGAAGUGAAUACUGAUGGCAAUGAACAACUACAAAAUUUGGUUCAGAGAUUCUUGAACAAAGAUAUUACUGAAAAAUCGAUUAUUCUUGACUUUGCACAGCAAUUUUGUAAGGAAUAUGGAGUAGAUACGCUGGACUUUGAACAUUAUGAUCCAAAUUCACCAUAUCCCCCUCCUAGAAAUAAUCCAUAUAUGCAUAUUGAAAGGGAGUAAUUCAGAAGAAGAAUCGUGCUCCGAGUGACAACACUACCUAAGUGGACUAAAUACUAUAGACUAUGUGACGGGUGGAAAGGCCCCCAAUCAAUUGCUUUCUUAUAUGCAUAUGUAAUUUCCUUUUAACUGGAUGUAAAACAUACCAUAAUCAGGUUUUGCUCUGUUUGUGUUA